UUGCUUUUGGGAGAAAUAUCCCUGGUUUAAUUUAUUUUCUGGGUGUGCUACUGAACACCAAGUCUUUAUUUUUUUUGGAGCAGAAAAAAUGUACGCUCCUGCAUGUGUUAUGUCAAUAUUUAUUGCUGCAGAAGCCCUACCUCCCCAACCCACGCCAGCACUCCCACCCCAACCGCCAGCCCCACAACCACAGCCGGCUCCUCAUCAACCAAGGCAACGGAGGCGUGCUAGGCCACCAAUUUUCCGAACCCGUGUCCUACUUUUUGGUAUGCCAGAUGAUGUGGUGGUGCGUAGAUACAGGCUGCCACCACAUCUAAUCCUAGACACUCUCUCCAUAAUAGAGAGUGAUCUGGAGUCUGAAAUUCGGUAUCCUACAGCAAUACCACCAUUGACACAAUUCCUUGCAGUGUUACAUUUUUUGGCUACAGCCUCAUAUCAGCAUGUUGUGGGAGACCUGGUUGGCAUGUCGCAGGGCCAGUUCAGUAAGGUCCUGCGGCGUGUCUGCCAGGCUUUCCUAAAGCGGGUGAAGCAAUUCAUUGAUAUGCCUUUGGAUGUUGGUGCCCUAGAUGUGGUGAAGCGGCAAUUUGAGGAAGGUGGUAGUCGCUUCCCACAUGUUAUUGGGGUUGUGGAUGGCACACAUGUUGCUAUUCAGCCACCAAGACAUAAUGAAGAAAUUUAUAGAAACAGGAAACUGUUUCAUUCUCUGAAUGUAAUGGUUGUUUGUGGGCCAUCCCUCCAGAUCCUUUCCCUGAAUGCAAAAUUUACUGGAAGUUCACAUGAUGCAUAUGUCAUUAGACAAUCAGGGAUAUGGCAGAGAUUAAGAUCAAGUCAACGAGCAGACAUGUGGUUAUUGGGAGACCGUGGAUAUCCUUGCACCCCCUGGCUCAUGACUCCUUACCGUAAUCCCAGGCCAGGACCACAGAUGGCAUUUAACUCCGCGCUUACUGCCACUAGGCAGCUGGUGGAGCGCACAAUUGGUGUCCUUAAAGGGCGGUUUCGUGUGCUCCACCGCACUGGUGGCGACAUCAUGUAUUCGCCGGAGAUGGCAAGUAAAAUAGUGGUCCUGUGCGCAAUACUACAUAAUAUCGCGGUAAGGAGUAGUGUAGAGCUUCCUCAGGCAGAGGAAUUGCCUGAUGAGGAGCCAGGGGUUGGUCGACGCUUCGGUGGGGGGAGUGUGACACGGAGGGGGAGCCAAGUGAGGGCAAGAAUUGUUGCCGAAUAUUUCAGCUGAAUGAUCACACGAACUGUGGACAACAACGGCACAACUCUCCGCCCCCUUCCCCUUCCCACUCCCACUCCCCUUCUCACUCCCCCUCCCCUUCUCACUCCCCCUCCCCUUCUCACUCCCCCUCAGCUUCCCAGUCCCCCUCAGCUUCCCAGUCCACCUCAUCUUCCCAGUCCCCCUCAUCUUCCCAGUCCCCAUCAGCUUCCCAGUCCCCAUCAGCUUCCCAGUCCCCCUCAGCUUCCCUGGCCCACUCCACUUUCCAUUCCCCUUCUCACCACACCUCUCCAUCUCUUUCUGGGACCCCUUCUCCUC